AUGUCAUUCCCUUUCUUUCUUCUCCUUACAAUAUUUCUUUCUUUCUUUCUUUCUUUCUUUCUUUCUUUCUUUCUUUCUUUCUUUCUUUCUUUCUUUCUUUCUUUCUCAUCUUCUGCCUUUUUCUUUCUUUCUUCUCCUUUUUAUAAUAUUUUUCUUUCUUUCAUUCUUUCUUUCUUUCUUUUUCAUCUUAUGUCAUUUCCUUUCUUUCUUCUCCUUACAAUAUUUCUUUCUUUCUUUCUUUCUUUCUUUCUUUCUUUCUUUCUUUCUCAUCUUCUGCCUUUUUCUUUCUUUCUUCUCCUUUUUUAUAAUAUUUUUCUUUCUUUUUCAUUCUUUCUUUCUUUCUUUUUUCAUCUUAUGUCAUUUCCUUUCUUUCUUCUCCUUACAAUAUUUCUUUCUUUCUUUCUUUCUUUCUUUCUUUCUUUCUUUCUUUCUUUCUUUCUUUCUCAUCUUCUGCCUUUUUCUUUCUUUCUUCUCCUUUUUAUAAUAUUUUUCUUUCUUUCAUUCUUUCUUUCUUUCUUUUUCAUCUUAUGUCAUUUCCUUUCUUUCUUCUCCUUACAAUAUUUCUUUCUUUCUUUCUUUCUUUCUUUCUUUCUUUCUUUCUUUCUUUCUUUCUUUCUUUCUUUCUCAUCUUCUACCUUUUUCUUUCUUUCUUCUCCUUUUAUAAUAUUUUUUUUUCUUUCAUUCUUUCUUUCUUUCUUUUUCAUCUUAUGUCAUUUCCUUUCUUUCUUCUCCUUACAAUAUUUCUUUCUUUCUUUCUUUCUUUCUUUCUUUCUUUCUUUCUUUCUUUCUUUCUUUCUUUCUUUCUCAUCUUCUGCCUUUUUCUUUCUUUCUUCUCCUUUUUAUAAUAUUUUUCUUUCUUUCUUUCUUUCUUUCUUUCUUUCUUUCUUUCUUUCUUUCUUUCUUUUUCAUCUUAUGUCAUUUCCUUUCUUUCUUCUCCUUACAAUAUUUCUUUCUUUCUUUCUUUCUUUCUUUCUUUCUUUCUUUCUUUCUUUCUUUCUUUCUUUCUCAUCUUCUGCCUUUUUCUUUCUGUCUUCUCCUUUUUAUAAUAUUUUUCUUUCUUUCAUUUUUCUUUCUUUCUUUCUUUCUUUUUCAUCUUAUGUCAUUCCCUUUCUUUCUUUUCCUUACAAUAUUUCUUUCUUUCUUUCUUUCUUUCUAUCUUUCUUUCUUUCUCCUUAUUUUAUCUUCUAUCUCUUCUUUUUGAAAUACAUUUCUUUCUUUCUUUUCCUUUUUAUAUUUCUUUCUUUCUUUUUCUCUUUAUCCCGGAGUUUUUUUGGCUUUUUCUUUAUCCAUCUACGUCAGUCAACAUUACCAUAUUUAAAUCAAUCUAUCUAUCUAUCUAUCUAUCUAUCUAUCUAUCUAUCUAUCUAUCUAUCUAUCUACGUACCCUCUCGCUCUUUCUAUUGUCCUCACUCGCUCUGCGAAUCCUUGCUGUCACCUCACCAUAUCAGAAUAAAAAUUGAACCCCUCGUUUACUUCCCUAUUCCUAAUUCUUUCUUUCUUUCUUUCUUUCUUUCUUUCUUUCUUUCUUUCUUUCUUUCUUUCUUUCUUAGCGGAAUCCGUUAUGGGAGGGGAAAAUAUGUUAAGUAUCAGCGGGUAACCGUGCUGCGGCAUAAGUACCCGCCAUUAAUCAGAUAUUUUUCGCGCCUUUUUAUAGAAUCUGUCUGUUGCCUUAAAUGGAAGGACUUUAUUUGA